AUGGUCAUCAUCAGCGGCGAAGGAAUUGUGUCCGGUUUGUUGUCGUGUUUUUAACAGAUUUUCUCGAAGUAUAGUUGAAAUAAUCAUAUACUAAAGCAAUCUGCAACAGAAGGCAACCGUCAUGGAUUCUUUGAUGCAGGAACCAACACUGUACACAAUCAAGGGAAUGUGCAUACUGGACUACGAUGGUAACCGAAUACUAGCCAAGUACUACGAUAAGAACAUAUUUCCCACCGUCAAGGAGCAAAAGGCGUACGAGAAGAAUCUGUUUAGCAAAACGCACCGUGCGGACGCGGAGAUCAUCAUGUUAGACGGAUUAACCUGCGUGUACAAGAGCAACGUGGAUUUGUUUUUCUACGUGAUGGGUAGUACGCACGAGAACGAGCUGAUCCUUCUAUCCGUGCUGAAUUGCCUGUACGACACGAUCACGAUGAUACUGAAAAAGAACUUUGAAAAGCGAGCCGUGCUGGAAAAUCUAGACAUUGUGAUGCUGGCUUUCGAUGAGAUUUGUGAUGGAGGCAUUAUCCUGGAUGCAGAUCCGGCGUCCGUGAUGAAACGGGUAGAUCUUCGAAACGACGAUAUUCCGAUCGGCGAACAAACAGUGGCACAGGUUCUACAGUCGGCAAAAGAGCAACUAAAGUGGUCACUUCUAAAGUGAAGGCGUUCAUUAGUGGUGUGGGCAAAGUGGCAAAGAAUACGGAAGACUAGGGAUUUUUAAAACCUAAAACAGUAACAUUCAGAGCUCCCGGCAAGUGGCUAAGAUAGGGCUUAAAAGUAUUCGGUUUUAGAGUAAUUUGCCUGUUAUAUGCAGAUAGUACCACUUUUUCAUAGUACCUUCUUCUGUGGCGCUGUGUUGUGGUGGAAGAGCUAUGUGGAUAUCAACAUGCUAAAGGAAGAAUCUUCCCGGUUCCAUAAGAAAAUAUUACCAACUAUCUUACACUGAGGAUAAAAGUAAAAAUUACGUAAAAUUACAUUACAUAUACAUUUUUUAAUUU